AUGGCGUCGACAUCCAGCUCCGGCGAGAUCUCAGUCGUGUACCCUCAAUUUUGUUCACCUUACCCAAUUGAUAUCAUCAUAAAACAUAACCUGAUCACCACCCUAAGUAGACACAAAUACGCAGUCAAUCGUGUUAAUGGGGAGUUUUUGUUUCAUGUGACAGAAAACAUCGGAUCCAUCCAUCUCGGUCGCAUCUUCCUUGAUCCUUCCAUAAACACCUUCCUUGCUCUUUACCCAAGUGUGACAGGGAACUUCUUCGGCUUCCGUCGCCGUCUCUUCCUCCCUUAUCCCGCCGGAAACACCAUCCUCACUCUUCAGCAAAGUGGUAUGAACAUGCAUUCAAGAUGGGAAGUUUUCAGGGGAGACAAUACAGAAUAUAAGAAUCUGUUAUUUAGCGUGAAGAGGUCUUCUAUGUUCCUAAUAAAUACUGAAUAUGAUAUUUUCAUGGCUACCAAUCCAAAGGAAAAUGAUUUUUGUGAUUUCAAGAUCUGUAAAAAUAAGAUAUAUGUUGGAAAUACUAAAAACAUCGUUAUUGCUCAGAUGCACAAUCACAUUGGUUUUAUGAGUAACAAAUACUUGGUUAAUGUUUAUACUGGUGUUGACUAUGUCUUUAUAAUUGCACUAGUUGUGAUUUAUGAAGAGAUUCAAUCAUGUGCAAGAAGAAAUUAUAAUAGUUUAGUAGUGUGA